AUGAUCACCAAACUGGUGGUGGGCAUCAGUCAUCAUUUCAAUCAGGCUGAAUAUGAAGAUGUUUGCCAUUGUUGCUGUAGCGAUGAGGAUGACGACGAUUGUGGAUCAUCAGAGUCUGAUGAAGGUGCGCAGCUCUUUCGACUUGAUGACACCGAGCUUUGGACGUAUUCCUUAAAGACGAGACAAGUAAUUCUUAGCAACUGGAUCAUGCAUAACAAGCGAUACGAAUUUACUCGUCAACUUCCGGUCAAAUGA